AUGUGCUAUAAGACGCGCGAGUGCAAUUUGAGAGUGUUAAAAACAGUAUACGUGGUACUACUGGCAAUGUGGGGAAAAAUGAAGAAAGAAGAAAUUAAUAAUAAGUUUAAGCGCCUGAAAGAAUCUGAGUCUAUACUCAUUGUGAACGUUGGUACUAAAUUGAAAUGUACAACAGUGAAGAAACCAAUUCCAGUCAUAUGGCGUUUGGGCAUUGUCACCACCUGUCUGUUGUUCAUAUUUAUCAUGAUCACAUAUAUGACUGGCCUCGGCCCACUAAACUCUAUUCCACAUAAGAGCUUGUGGCGCACGUCAGCACACAUUAAUGUGUACACAUACACACACUUAGCUAGCAUGGCGAUUCAGCACAUCGCUUCAGACCAGUUGGAAACACAACCUGACAGAGUGGUCUCCUGCUACUACAAUUUGCCCUCUGAAAGUGAAGCUAAGCAGUUGCUGCCUAGCAAUAUUGAUCCACAUUUAUGUACACACAUAAAUAUUGGGUUUGCUCGCAUCGUAAAUAAACAGAUAACAUUAGACGAUUACCAAUACAAGACUAUACGAAAUGUGGUGAAACUGAAACAAAAGAACCCUGGCCUCAAGAUUUUGUUAUCCGUGGGGGGAUCUGGCAACGACAACGGCUUCUCAGACAUGGUGGUGAACCAUGCAUCAAGAAAAAUAUUUAUAAAAUCUAUUAAGAGCAUAUUGAGAAAUUAUAGUUUAGAUGGGAUAGAUCUUGACUGGGAGUUUCCCGCUGUGCAUAGAGAGAAGAUUGGAGCCCGCGAGAGACAACACUUCUCACAGUUGCUUCGGGAGAUCAGAAUGGAAUAUUACCGAGAGAAACGAAACUACAUAUUGACGAUUGCAGCGGCAGCACCAGAGGCUAUUGUCAACUUAGCAUAUGACAUAGAUCAAGUUAACCAGUAUGUGGAUUUUGUCAAUAUUAUGACUUACGAUUACCAUUUCUACAACAAGUACACUCCGUUCACUGGUUUAAAUUCUCCACUUUAUCCCAGGUCCAGCGAACAAAUGUAUUUGGCCACUCUUAACGUUAACUACACGGUGCACAUGUAUCUUGAUAAGGGACUCGACCGUAGCAAAAUAGUAGUCGGUAUACCCACUUACGGGCACACAUUCUCCCUGGUAAACGCCAACAAUCCCCGAGUGGGUAGUCCCGCCUCUGGCUUCGGGUCACUCAGUACUUCCGGCUUUAUCAACUACCCAGAUGUGUGUGUUCUUGUGCAGAAUUUUACUGAUGUUAGUGUCGUACAAGAUAACGAAGCUAAGGUCCCGUACAUGUACAGAAACACCGAUUGGGUGUCAUAUGAUACUCCCCAGAGCGUCGUGGAGAAAGCGAAUUUUAUAAGAGAGAAUAACUUGCGAGGCGCAAUGAUAUACUCACUGAACGCGGACGAUUACGCGGGGUUCUGUGACACUGGUGUCGGGCGCACUGCCGAAUUCCCGCUGGCGGAAUCGGUGAAACAUGCACUAAUCUUUAACAACAGUGAACCGUCAGAGCGAGUAAACAAGAGCACCGAGUGA